AUGCCGACGAUAUCAGUGAACCGUGACUCUCUAUUUGCCGCACUUGGAAAAACUUACACUGACGAUGAAUUCCAGGAACUUUGUUUUGAAUUUGGCUUGGAAUUGGAUGAAGUUACAACAGAGAAACAGAUGUUGAUGAAGGAGCAAGGUGAGCAUGUUGGAGCGGGAGUGUCAGAGGAGAUCCUCUACCGGAUAGAUAUCCCAGCCAACAGAUAUGAUCUGCUCUGCUUGGAGGGACUGGUGGAUGGACUCCUAGUUUUCCAGGGAAAGAAGCCUCCUCCACAGUAUGUCCUGAAGAAAUAUGAAGACUGUCACUCUCUGCACUUGACACCUGCAACAGGACAAAUCAGACCGUAUGCAGUGGCUGCUGUACUCAAAGGCAUCACCUUCACCAAGGAAUCAUAUGACAGUUUCAUUGAUCUACAAGACAAGUUACAUCAAAAUAUAUGCAGGAAGAGAACACUAGUGGCUAUUGGUACACAUGACCUGGACACCAUCCAGGGACCCUUUGUGUAUGAUGCACUACCACCGACUGAGAUCAAGUUCAAGGCACUGAAUCAAACCAAGGAAAUGACUGCACCAGAACUUAUGGAGCUGUAUUCUACACAUGCUCAAUUGAAGCAGUACCUGGGCAUCAUCAGGGACAGUCCUGUGUACCCAGUUAUCAAGGAUAAGAAUGGCAUAGUGUUAUCCAUGCCACCCAUCAUCAAUGGAGACCACUCUAAGAUCACACUGGAUACCAAAAAUGUGUUCAUCGAGUGCACUGCAACAGAUCUUACUAAGGCGAUAGUGGUUCUAGACACGAUAGUGAGCAUGUUCUCAAAGUACUGUAGCAACCAAUACGAGGUGGAGCAGUGCAAGGUGUUCGCACCGGACGGGACGUACGAGCUCUACCCCAAGAUGUGCACCAGGGAGGAAACUAUCAGCGUCGAGAAGGCUAACAACUAUAUUGGUAUUAGUGAAAACGGAGACAAUCUAGCUAGUCUACUAUCCCGCAUGUGCCUGUCGAGUACGACGGAGGACGACGGCCGCACACUGCGCGUGCGCGUGCCGCCCACCAGGCAUGACGUCAUACACGCAUGCGAUCUAUACGAAGACAUCGCUAUUGCUUAUGGCUACAACCGCAUAGUCCGGCGCCCGGCGCGAGUAGUGACGACGGGCGGGCAGGACCCCAUCAACAAGCUCACGGAGCAACUCCGACAGGAAUGCGCACACGCAGGGUACACUGAGGCACUCACUUUCACACUCUGUUCCCGAGAUGACGUAGCAACGAAAUUAGGAGUUAAAAUCGAGGAUGUGCCAGCGGCCCACAUCUCUAAUCCCAAGACUUUAGAGUUCCAAGUCGUACGGACCUUACUACUACCAGGCUUACUCAAGACAUUAGCUGCUAAUAAGAAAAUGCCACUACCUAUGAAACUAUUUGAAAUCAGCGAUGUUGUACUGCAAGAUAAAAGUGCUGAGACUGGUGCCCGCAACGAGCGCCGCCUGUGCGCGGUGCACUGCGGGCGCGCGGCCGGCUUCCAGUUCGUGCACGGACUGCUCGACCGCGUCAUGGCACUGCUGCGGCAGCCCUGGGACAAGGACACCGGCUACUAUCUCAAACAGUGCGAACAUCCGGCGUUCUUCCCCGGUCGCUGCGCGGGCGUGGUGGUGCGCGGCGCGGUGGUGGGCACGGUGGGCGUGCUCGGGCCCGCCGUGCUCGCUGCCUUCGAACUCACCAACCCCUGCUCCGCGCUCGAGAUCAAUAUACAACCCUUUGUUUAA